AUGAAUCCUCCUCUAUCACUUUCAAGGCUUUCUCUGAACCACUCUGUCUCGAAAUCUAGCUUCUCACUCCAUACUAAGGCGAGACGAGAGGUUCUCGUUAGAGCAGAAGGUGAAACUGAAGGUGAAGCAGAGGAAGCUGUUGAUGCUAUCGCUGAUACUGAGGGUAAUGUAGAAGAUGUAGUCAAAGAUGAUGAAGCCAAAGCUCCAAGAAAGCCAAGAUUCAAGCUUAGAGACAUACUGAACCAGAGAGCAAUUGAAGUAUCAGAGAAAGUGAGACAUGUUCCUGAAAUCAGGACUGGAGAUAUUGUUGAGAUCAAACUGGAAGUUCCAGAGAACAGACAUAGGUUGUCUAUCUACAAAGGCAUAAUGAUGUAUAGACAGAACGCUGGGAUACACACUACCAUUCGUAUUCGCAGGAUUAUUGCUGGUAUCGGUGUUGAAAUCGUGUUUCCCAUGUAA